GUCACGAACGCACGUGAUUUAGUACGAUUUUGUACCUCACCACGACUAAGUCACGAGAUGGCAUUGUUAACAAUGAACAGCACCAUAUGGGAUAUCGAAGAAGCCAUAAGGCACGAGAGACGCACGUGGGAUAAAUUGGAAGAGUCGGCUGCGAAGUGGCAGACGAUCUUGGAUGAACUGUCGUCUGAUAUCGAACACGCCGAUGGGUCGAGCACGGAGUGGAAGAUCAAGUUUGAGUGCCAAAAGGAUUACAACCGGAUGCUGAUGAGACAUCUACAGCGCAUGCGUGCUGAGAUACGGAUGCUUCAUAAAGGAAAUGACGUAACGCUUCAAGAACCGGGUCUUAAAACAAUCGGGGAAUGGCGCACAGAAAUACAGAAGCUUACCGUUGAGAAAUGGUCAAUGGAAAGUCUGCGCAACAUGUACGAGAAGCAGCUGGACGCCGAGUCGAUGGCGUACCACCGGGCGCACGACCACCUGACGCAACUCUCGAGGGACAUCCGGCUCUCUCAGGCGUUGCUUAUCACCAACCAGGAGGCCGAGGACGCUGCCGUCCUGUCGUCCAUUGAAGCGGUGGCGUCGCCACGUAAGACUGGCGGUGGCGGUAGGAAGCCGCUGGCAAAGGUUUCGCCCCUGAGGCCGCCCGUAAAAUGCGAGACACCCAAGAGUUACCGGGCGAUGUUCCGGCAGCACCGGGACCAGCAUCUGCGCGCGAACGAACAUCAUCUCAAUUUUUCGGGCAUGUCGCCCAAAUCGAAACAAUGCAAUCCUACGGAAUGAUGUUUUCAGUUCCUUUCUUUAAAAAUUGAAAAUGUUAAUUUCAAUCAACAUAGGUAAUUAAUGUAAUGUUCUCCAAGGCGUGAAUACGAUGCCAAAUUAUUACGCCCUACGAAUCAGCUAGAAAUACAGACAAUAGUCUUAAGUUACUAAUAGACUUAUAUUUAAAAGAAUAAAUUUAACAAUUAAAAAGAUGUUUUAUGUACUUGAGAACUAACAUAAGGUGACUUAGUCAUUGAAUUAUGCAAACAUAACACGCGCUGUUUACUAAAACAAAAGAAAAAGAUAAUUGAAA